CAUCUUAACGCAGUACUUCUUGUGUCACUGUUGACUUACAGCUAUCGUGAUGUAUACCCUUUGGUGACGUUCGACCGAUUUCCCCAGGACUCCGCAUGAAGACUGGCUUUUGUGGGCAAAGAUUACCCUCAUGAUCGUGGGGCUUGUUACUCCGCUGUCAACAUCCGUAGAGUAUAUUCCAGUAGAUGAUGACGUGCGGAUUCCUGUGGAUUUGUGGACCCCGCUGCCUGAAGAAAUGGCUCCUUGGCUGUUUCGUUUACUGUUCGCCUACUUGGAUCCUUUGGUGUAUCUGGCCUAUCGUGACCCUACAUCUGUUCUGGAGAAGCUGCCUCCUUUGGGCCUAUGCGCAUUUGUCGAAAGUGCAAAUCAGGAAUGCCUUCCCAUUCCUAGACCCAUUCUCUGAUGACCAAGAUUACGAUCUUCUCCGGAGCUUCUUGAAAUACCACAGAAAGACGGCUAUUCGCUUGAUGGUCAUCAUUACGACUGAGAUCUUUCUGGAUUUUGUCGCUCCCAUUGGCAUUAACCUCCUUCUACACUAUUUGGAGACUGAUGGUGAAGGCGCGAUUGUCCGUCCAUGGGUUUGGAUUUCGUGGCCGUUUCUAGGCCCUUUUCUUCGAGCUAUCUUUUCGGAAUGGUUUAUGCACACGGCCCAUGCUCUCCGCAUUCGACUUGAUCUGGAAAGUCAGAAAACGGCCAAGUCAAAUAUCAUGGGCAGGAUCAAUACGUUGGCUACAGCCGACGUGGGAAGUAUUACCGAGUCAGCUUUACCCAUGUCCUUAUUAGAGGUUUUCUGGUCUCCUUUCGAUCUGCUCUUGACCAUGGGAAUCCUAUAUAAUAUGUAUUCCUAUACCAGGUUACCUGUCACGGAUGAUGCGAGUCGUUCAGAAAAGAGAAUGAAAAAGAUGGAUGAUCGUAGACAGAAAGUCACCGAAGAUAUGUUUAAACAUCUUUCUGACGGAACUGGACAAUCCCAAUCGUCUGUUUUAGCUAUGUCGAUGUUGAGAAUGAUCAAAUUGUUCGGCUGGGAAUCCAAAAUAAAAGAGCAGAUUAUGGAAAGGAGGGUUGACGAGUUAACAUAUGUCCGAUGGAACAAAAUUCUGGUCCUGCUGACUGCCCAUGUGAACUUUCUAAUCCCGCUUCUUACAAUGAUUGCAACCUAUGCGUCAUUUACGGCUUACAGUAUUCUCUUCAAUUACGGUAUUCAAAAUCCUACAACAAAAGUUCCGUCUGGUCAUCGUUGGUAUCCUAUCUACAGUACAAGCCAAGGUGUCGUUGGACCGAGUAAACGAUUUCUCCGUCAUGUAAGAAUGCCGUCAUAUAGGCUAAUAAAUGCGAACUGCGGACAACGGUAUCCCUUCUAUGAUUUACCGCUUUACGGAGCUAAAUUUGCAGCUCCUCACUCGAUUUGGCUCCAUCAUUUUCUUCAGUCAUGCUUUUUCUUUUCCAGGAGUCGUGAUGACAUGCCUUGGUGGCAUGUUCGGGCAGUUGUAUAUGAAAGUCCAGUUACCAGUGAAGCAAUACAAUUCAAAUGCGAAAUCCCCACUCCUUGCUCAGUGCGUUCUCAUAACAAAGUAGCCAGUAUUUGGGACGCAGAUACCAUAGCCCUCAGCUUCGGGGCGGCUAUCGUGGGACCCGUUUCAAUCAGGGCAUACGGCGCUCAAGAAUUUUAUCUUCAAGAGUCUAGGUGUCGUAUCGAUGAUUAUGUUAGACCCCAUCUUCUACGAUCUCCAUAGAUGGACAUCUAUUCGAACGGAUGCGUUGGCAGGGCUGUUUACCUCGUCGCAGGCUUUUUAUCUAGUUUAUGGAAGGGGGCCUAACAUGAGCUCAGCUA